CUUGUUGAACACAUUAGGACACAUACUGGUGAGAAACCUUAUCUGUGCGACUUCUGCAAGCAGCGUUUUUCUCAUAAAAGUAGCCUUGUUAAACACAUUAGGACACAUACUGGUGAGAAGCCUCAUCGGUGCGACUUCUGCAAACAACGUUUUGCUCAAAGAAGUUCCCUUGUUGAGCACCUCAGGACACAUACCGGAGAGAAGCCGUACAAGUGUGAUCAUUGCGAGAAAUGUUUUGCUCGGCCAAGUCAUCGCAUGAAACACGUCCAAACCCGUCGUGCGCGGCCCGGGACACCGCCAGGACGAGAGGUGGCCGACGGGGAGCUGGACUCGCAGAUCAACGCCGAGGCGAGCGGUGUCGAUCACGGCGAUGAUCCUGACGAUGCCCAGAGCGAGCAGCGAUGGCUGGCGGUCAGCGGGACCAACUCGCUUCACGGGGGCACCGAGGAGGACUCUGCUGACCUCGCCAAGGCCCUUGAGGUCGCCGACGCGGUGCACCCUCAACACACUCUGCGCGCCGAGCUGGCGUCCAGUGACCAGCCCAGUGACGUGGUUGGCGAGGAUGCCGACGAGACGCACCAGGAUGGCAGGGCUGCAGCGCCCCCCGUCGUGCACGUCAUGUCGGUCGCGGGGCGGUCCCUGGUGCAGGCGAUCUGGGCGAGCUCUAACGCGAUGCUGUUGCUGUCGGCAGGUGCGCGGCCCGGGACACCGCGAGGACGAGAGGCGGCAGACUCGAAGCAGGACGCAGCAGAUAUCGGGGCCGAGGCGAGCGGCGUGGAGCACGGCGAUGAUCCACCAGGACGAGAGUUAACCGAGUGGAAAACGGACCCGGAGAUCAAGGCCGAGCCAUGUUGUGUCGAGCACGGCGAUGAUCCCGACGAUGUCCAGGACGAGCGGCUGCAGCUGGUAGUGACCGGGACCUUCUCGCUCCGCGGUUGCAGCGAGGAGGACUCUGAGGACCUCGCCAAUAGCGUUGGGGCCGUCGUCGACGCGGUCUACUCUCAGCAUCAUCCGCUCGCCGAGUUCGACGGUGGUGACGUGCUCGGCGAGGAUGGUCAGGAUGGCGGGGGUUUGAGCAAACCGACUUACAGCCAUGGUGACGAGAGUCGUAAAACGAGUAGAUCUACGAAGAAAGACUUGCAUAAACUGACCGAUGCAGGGUUCAAGUGUACAUACUGCAGCAAAACUUUAAAUUCGAAAUCUAGACUGGAAGAGCAUCUUCGUGUACACACCGGCGAGAGGCCAUUCAAAUGUGAAACGUGUGAGAAGAGUUUUACUAAAAAAGGAAUCGUGACGGGGCACAUCAGAACCCACACAGGCGAGAAACCCUAUGUGUGCGACUUCUGCAAGCAGCGAUUUUCUCUAAGUAAUCAUCUUGUUAGACACAUUAGGAAACACACAGGUGAAAAACCUUAUCAGUGUGAAACAUGUGAGCAGUGCUUUACCCACAAACGUAGCUUGACUGAGCACAUCAGAACGCACACGGGCGAGAAACCAUAUCAUUGUGACUCCUGCCAGCAGCGUUUUUCUUUAAAACGAAAUCUUGUUACACACAUUAGGACACAUACUGGUGAGAAACCAUACAAGUGUGAUCAAUGUGAAAAAAGUUUUACUCGUUCAAGGAGUCGCACUAAACACGUUCAAACCCAACACACCAAAAAUUGAACGGCAGAUUAGUUUAUGAGCUUGUUAGUUUUCGUCAUGAAUGUUAGUGAGGUUUUGUGAAUAGUGACAUGUCUGCCAAUACUUCUGAAAAGUUAUCUCUUGUAUCUUUCUAAAUUGUCGCGAGAGACACGUCCAAACCCAACACACAUUAAAUCGAACGGCAUAUUAAUUGACCGACUUACUUGUUUUCGUCAAACACACACAAAAAUCACACUUAAAAUUGAGUGGCAGAAUGAUUUACAAUCACGAUAAUCACCGUAUUUUCCAAGAUAACUUGUACCUUUCUAAUCCUUAAAUUAAUCACCAGUGAUACUAAGAACUCUUGUUUCCAAUUAUUUUUGGCUAUGUUCAUUUUGUAAUAAAUAAAAUUUAAGUUCUUGGCCUUGGCCCAAAUAUAA